AUGUCCCAGCCGGGCCCGGUUCCAUCUCGCCAAGAUAAGCCUCACCCACACUCCGUCUUCACCGACCCUUCUGGGCGUAAUCUUCUUUCAGCGGAUCUUGGCGCGGAUCUUGUCCGCGUUUUCAGCAUCAGCGGCACAGGGACACUCACCGAGUGUCCUUCUUUCAAAACCGGCUCUGGCGACGGACCUCGUCAUGGAGCGUUUUAUACUCAGGGCAACACGACGUUUCUUUUCACUGUCAACGAGUUGUCAAAUUCGCUCACAUCCUGGUCGGUCACCUACCCAACUAACGGCUGUCUCAGUCUUGUAAAGAAACAAACCAUUUCCACAUUCCCGGCUGGAAAGAUUGCCCCAACAGGAUCCAAGGCAGCCGAAGUCCACGUUAAGGGCAACUUCGUGUACGUGGCAAACCGGUACGAUCGUUCUUUCGGCUCGCAGGAGGACUCCGUCGCGACGUACACCAUCGAUCCUUCGUCUGGUCAGGUUGCGUUCGUCGAGAUCACGAGUGCCUUCUCGUACUUCCCACGAACCUUUUCCAUCAACAAAGCCGGGAACCUGGUCGCGAUUGGAGGGCAGACAAGUGCCAAUGUCGCUAUAGUCGAAAGGAACGUCGCGACCGGCAGGCUUGGAAAUCUGGUUGCAACACUUAAAGUUGGUAACCCAGGAACUGUGAACCAGGAAGACGGGCUAAGCGCGGUGGUCUGGAACGAGUGA